GUGAUACUAUUUUUAAAAAUAAAUUAUCAACAAUAAAUAAUGUUAUUUGUCUAUUAAAGUGAUUUGAUUAAGCUUACAGAUUAACUAAUUGUUAUAAUACAAUGAAAUCUCGAUAUAUUCUCCCGUUUUUACUGUUACUAAGUCACAAUGUAUUGUUGCAUUGUGCUUCCGCUGCGGUUCACAGUCAUAGCGUAGACAAUAAUUUAGAACGCGAAUCCGAUGGUAGCUACCGUUCAAGGGAUUACGAUCACUACAACGACGCCGGCCAUAACUCAGAAUUCGACCAUGAAGCCAUUUUAGGUAGCGUCAAAGAGGCAGAAGAAUAUGACAAACUUAGUCCUGAGGAGUCAGAACGACGGUUGUCGCUGUUGCUUGAGAAGAUGGACCUCAAUGGGGACCAGUAUAUUGAUAGAAAAGAGCUCAAAUUGUGGAUCUUGAAUUCCUUCAUUAACUUGUCUCGAGAAGAAGCUGAGGAGCGUAUGUCGGAAGUGGACGACAACCGUGAUGGAACAGUAUCAUGGCCUGAGUACCUGCAGGAUGCAUUUGGUGUUGAUGCAGAGGAAGAGAUAGGCCCUGAGGAUACUGGAGACUCGGGAAUGUUAUUACAAGAAGAGAAAGAAAUGUUCAAAGCUGCCGAUAUAAAUGGAGAUGGAUCACUGGACCUAUUUGAAUUUGAAGUGUUCACGAACCCCGAGGAGCACGCGCCGAUGCAUCCGUACCUGGUGAACCAAACGCUGCGUGAGAAGGACCGCAACAAUGACGGCAAGAUAGACUUCGACGAGUAUGUCGGCGACCGUGGUUCACACGAGGAUAAGGCAUGGAUGAUCUCGGAACGGGACAAGUUCGACCACGAACUCGACCUGGACGGGGACGGGUCGCUCGAUCUCAUGGAGAUUGAGAAAUGGGUCAUACCUGAUAACGACGAGAUCGCGGAGGAGGAGGUGGAGCACCUGGUGGCGACCGCGGACGAGGACCGCGACGGCGCGCUCUCGUUCGCGGAGGUGCUGCGCCACCGCCAUGUGUUCGUGGGCAGCGACCAGCGGCACGCGCUCGGGGAACACUUCGACGACGAGCUGUAGCCCCACACAGUCGCCACUCGCAUCGCCAUAGUAUAUAUUAACAUGUAUUCAUUUAUUUAUGCGAGCGCAAUUUUGGUUGUCCAAUAAUUUUGUUGUAAUGUAUCUAUUACGCUUUUCUUCAUUGCCCCGACGUUGU